AUGACCGCGCAGAGGCGCUCGCACGUCGCGAAGGCGGACGCCGCGGCCGGUGCUGCUCCCGCGGCCAAGAUCGAGCAGCCCUUCGUGGAGGCCGCGGUGUGGAACAAGAACCUGGUCCGCGCCGUCGUGCUGCUCGCGGCGGGCGCCGUCGCCGCCAAGGGCGCGGUGUUCCUCCCCGCGAACGCCAACGCGAUGCUGCACAUGUGCGCGUUCGGAACCUGGUUCGGCACGAUGGCCUACACCACCUUCGCCGUCGGCAUCCUGCUCUUCAAGAACCUCCCGCGCCAGACCUUCGGCAAGGUCCAGUCGAAGCUGUUCCCGGUGUACUUCGGGUCGACGGCGCUGUGCAUCGCGGCGUGCGCGGGCUCGAUGGUGGCCGCGGGCACCCCGCUGGGCGCCACGGCCAUGCGCCCGCUGCUGGUGGCCAUGGGGUGCACGCUGGUCAACCUGCUGUACCUGGAGCCGAAGACGACGGUGUGCAUGUUCAAGCGGUACGAGCUGGAGAACGCGGGGCAGACGGACGGCACGGAGUACAAGGCGCUGCGGAAGCAGUUCGGCCCGCUGCACGGCAUGUCGUCGCUGUUCAACCUGGGGGCCUUCGCGGGGUGCGUCGCGCACGCGUGGACGCUCGCCGCGAAGCUCGCGCUCUGA